CUCCUCUGCAAAGUCACCAUGUACAUUUGAGCGUUACCUCAUCGCCUCUAUGUUUGGCAUUAGUUUAUUGUAAACAAGCUGUUGAACUCGCUUUCUAGUUUUGACACAUAGCGACAAGACGUUAGUGUAGUCUCAAGCACCUCGAUCCCUACCUCCACGAGCUGCCAUCUCGCUGCCAAGAGCCGACUCCUCUGUACCCCAGACUUGAUCGCCGCCGAUAAACAAUCGCCAGUGACGUCUCACCUCCAGAGCGCACGCAACCAAGCAACCGCAUUCGUUGUUUAGUAUCGCAUUCUUGAUACUUGAGCACAACACACUUCGAUAGUUUGAAUCGCUGCUGGGCAGCCCAUCACUAUAGCCUCUUCUAACCCCCUCACACACCUCCAUAAUAGACACAAUGGGCGGCAACUCGAGCAAGAUAACAGCCCAAGACCAAGCAAUCUACGACCUCAAACUCCAACGCGACCGCCUCCACCAAUACCAACGCCGAAUAACCCUUCUCACCUCCCGAGAAACCGAAAUCGCCCGCGCCCUCCUGGCCCAAAACAACCGUCCCCGCGCCCUCCUCGCCCUCCGCCGAAAGAAAUACCAAGAAUCCCUCCUCGCCAAAACCGACCAGCAACUCGAGCAGCUAGAAAAAUUGGUAUCUUCUGUAGAAUUCGCACUCAUCCAAAAAGACGUGGUCUUUGGGCUGCAGCAGGGGACAAAAGUCCUCAAAGAAAUCCACGCCGAGAUGGGCGGGAUCGACAAGGUGGAAAAACUGAUGGGGGAGACGGCGGAGGAGGUCGAGUACCAGAGGGAGGUGAGCGAGAUGUUGGGGGGCAGGAUCAGUGUCCAGGAUGAGGAGGAGGUGGAGGAGGAGUUGGCUGCGUUGGAGAGGGAGUUGGGAGAACCAAAGAAGAAGAAGGAGGAGACUCCUAGUAGGGUGGUGGUGGAGGGGGAGUUGCCUGAUGUGCCGGGGACAGAGUUGCCUGCUGGAGAGCAGAGGCAGGAGGGGGUCAAGAAACCGGUUGCUGAGAGGAGGGAGGCGGUUGCUGCUUGAACGGGGGCAGACUCUUGUAGAAUGGCGUUUUCUGGGUAGGGUUGAUUUUUGGCCUUGAUAUGCACGCGCGCAAAACGCCUUGCAUGGAUGAAUGGCGUUGGAGUUACGGUCGGCUGGAUGGUUGAGGAAGUUACAUAUCUGCGAGUUAUAUAUCACCCUGUUGAUGACCAUAUGAGC